GUGAUUUGUAGCAAUUUUAGGGUUUAACUUUUCUCGUGGUUCAGGUUCUUGAUUAUUUUUUUGAUACUGGUCGUCGUACUUGUGGUUGUAGUCAUUCUGCUGCAGCUGUUGAUGAUGAUGCUCGUCCUCUGACUGAUGUUUGUGAUGGUCGUGAUCGUUCUAGUGAUGGUACUAGUAGUCCUGUUUGUCGUACUCGUGUUGCUCGUCCUGGUGAUAAUUUUUAUCGUGGUGAUGAUUAUUAUUAUGGUAGUUAUCGUGGUGCUGAUCCUGCUUAUCGUAAU